GAAAGAGGGGGAUCGGAUUGAAAACAGAUCAGCUCCGAGAUCCCAAUACAGCAACGUCCGAGUGGGGACCGACCGCCAGAUAGAUAAAACUGCCGCCCCGACUUCGCAACCGCGUCAGUGGUGUUUUAAAUUGCAAUGAGCUGAUGUGUUUGGGACUCGAGACUUGCUUUCACAACUCCAUUCAUUGAUUACGUGAUGGAUUGUGGAAGUUAGCGAAACGCACGAACUCUUGGGUGAACUUUGUGGUCCACACAUGGAGGAGUUUUAGUGAGUGUAGUCGCGCGAUGCUCUCUGUUCUCUCCUGGCUACACGAUCAGUGUAACUUUUAGAUGGAUUAUUAUUAUCACUCGGCGGAAAAUCCGUUUGCUGUCUUUCAUUUCCCGACAAAGUUUCUCCUCAAGAAAUCGUUCACUCGACGCGCGCUUCAGUGAGAGGAUCCGGUGAACGGUCUAAACGGAGAGACCUAAGGUCACGCCAAUCUUGAUACAGUCACUAAGUCCCAGUCCUGGUGUGUGACCUUUGACCCUCGUGCUCCACCAUGGAGACCAGCGCCACCUCAGCGUCCGACAAGAAGGACUGCAAGCCGUCCAGCCUGGACUCACACCCGCACACACACGCCUUCACAGACCUGCCCAAGAAACCCUCGCCCACCACAAGAGCGCCGCAGCACCUCUUCCCGACGUUCCACACCCCCAUUCCGAUCGACAUGCGCCACCACGAGGGCCGCUACCACUACGAGCCUCAUGCUCUCCACGCCAUGCACGGUGCCCCUGGUCUGGCGGGCAGCCCGGUGAUUUCGGACCUGUCCCUGAUCCGCCUGUCCCCCAGCGCCGCAGAGCCGGCGUUCGCUCCCCCACACCCCUACGUCAGCCCCCACAUGGAACACUACCUACGCUCCGUACACUCCAGCCCCACACUGUCCAUGAUCUCUGCUGCAAGAGGAUUGAGUCCUGCUGACGUGGCCCAUGAGCACCUGAAGGAGCGUGGUCUGUUUGGGCUGCCCCCUCCCCCGCCGGGUGCCUCUCCUGCCGAGUACUACCACCUGAUGGCUGCCCACCGUAACCCCUACGGGGAGCUGCUGAUGCAGGGAGCCGGGGCAGCCACACACCUGCCCGACUACAUCAGCCCUGUGGACGUGUCCCGUUUCUCCAGUCCCCGUCUGACUCCUCGUCUGAGUCGGAAGCGAGCGCUGUCCAUCUCCCCUCUCUCCGACGCCUCCAUCGACCUGCAGACCAUGAUCCGCACCUCGCCCAACUCACUGGUGGCCUACAUCAACAACUCACGCUCCAGCUCAGCAGCCAGCAGCUCAUACGGACAUCUCUCAAUUAGUCCGUCCUUCACGUUCCCCCACCCCAUCAACCCCAUGGCCUACCAGCAGCUCCUGUCUCAGCAGCGUGGGGGUCUGGGCUCCUUCGGCCCCACGCCCCCCCUGCUCCAGCCCUCGCCCACCUUCUCCGCCCGCCAGCAUGCAGCCCUGGGCAUCUCAGCGCUGCCCACCGCAGUGGCCCUCAACAGCGAACCCGAGCCCAAGAACAUGAGUGGGGACUCGGCGGUGAGCAGCACGGUGAACCCCCUCAUCACAAAGAGGUCAAAGGUCAAGUCAGAAGUGGAGGGUCUACGGUCGCUCUCUCCCAGCUCACCGGAGCACCAUGGCAGUCUGCUGGACCUGAAGGAGGACCUGGAUAAGGACGAGUGUAAGCAGGAGCCGGAGGCCGUCUACGAGACCAACUGCCACUGGGAGGGCUGCCACAAGGAGUACGACACACAGGAACAGCUGGUCCAUCACAUCAACAAUGAGCAUAUCCACGGGGAGAAGAAGGAGUUUGUGUGUCGCUGGGACGAGUGCUCUCGAGAGCAGAAGCCCUUCAAGGCCCAGUACAUGCUGGUGGUGCACAUGAGGCGACACACAGGAGAGAAGCCACACAAGUGCACCUUUGAGGGCUGUGCCAAGGCCUACUCACGUCUGGAGAACCUGAAGACCCAUCUCCGCUCUCACACAGGAGAGAAGCCCUAUGUGUGUGAGCAUGAGGGCUGCAACAAGGCCUUCUCCAACGCAUCAGACCGCGCCAAGCACCAGAACAGAACACACUCCAACGAGAAACCGUACGUGUGCAAGAUCCCCGGCUGCACCAAGCGCUACACAGACCCCAGCUCGCUGCGCAAGCACGUGAAGACGGUGCACGGCCCUGAUGCGCACGUCACCAAGAAGCAACGCAGUGACCUGCUUCCCCGCCCUCCGCCACGCGAGAACGGAGAGAACGAGGCCGGAGCUAAGAGAGGAGGAGGAGGAGGAAGAGAAGGAGGAGGAGAGUUACAGGGCGCCACCAAAGGAGUGGAUGACUACAUGCACGUGAAGUCCAUCAAGACAGAGAACUCUGUGAUGUAUCAGUCCAGCCCUGGCGGCUACUCAUCAUGCAGUAGUGAGCCGUCGCCACUUGGCAGCGGCGGCGGUGCCGGUGCCAACCAUGACAGUGGAGUAGAGAUGGCGCUGCACAGCGGUGGGGGCAGCGCGGGCGACCUCAGCGCCCUGGGAGCGGGAGACGGGAGGAGUGUGUCCUUGGCGAUGGGGGUGGAAGGUGGGGUCAGCGUGGGCCUGCUUCAUCUUCGUAAGAGCCACGCCUGCCAGGCCACAGUGAAGCUGGAGCAUCUGAAGCAGGAGAAGCUGAAGACGGUCAGGGACUCCUGCUCCUGGGCCAGCAAGGGUCGCCAAAGCAACAACCAUGCCAAUGCUGCCCACACUGCCAAGCUGCCUCCCCUGCCAUCCAAUGGUUCCAUCAUGGAAGGUUCUGGUGGCCAGGUCAUGGGCCCCCGUCUGAGUGACCUGUGUCCAGGUGAGGUGACAGUGCUGUGCCACCUGACCCUGAGCGAGCGCCGCGACAGCACCAGCAGCACCUUGAGCUCCGCCUCCGCCUACACGCUCAGCCGACGCUCCUCCGGCAUCUCCCAAUGCUUCUCCAGUCGCCGAUCCAGCGGGGCCUCCCACUAUGGCGGUGGUGGUGGUGGUGGUGGUUACGGUGCCGCUGGCAUGAACGCCGGAAGUCGCCUGAACAACGUCGUCAGCUCGGCAGACUCGUACGACCCCAUCUCGGCUGACCUGUCCCGCCGUUCCAGCGAGGCCAGCCAGGGGGCUCUGAGUCUCACCCCUGCGCAGCACUACCGCCUCAAGGCCACGUACGCGGCCGCCACUGGGGGAGCGCCGCCGACACCCUUGCCCAACAUGGAGCGCAUGAGCCUGAAGCACCGCGUGGCGCUCAUGGGGGACGAGCACCAUCACCACCACCCACACUCACAUGGGGAGCCGUCAUCUGUGCCGGGUGGACCGGGACUGGGAGGGUACCCCUAUGGCCAAGCGCCCCAAGUCCCAAGGCGAUGCAGUGACAUCACGGGGCAAGCCAGCCGGAGCAUGAUGCCCCACGAGGUGCCGGCACGGCUGCCAAGGAGAGCGAGCGACCCUGUGAGGUCAAGGGUCGGAUUGGAGCCUCUGACGUCAUCACCACAGCGAUUCAACAGCCUGAGGCACAUGACCUCCCAGCAACCAAUGGGUGAGGGCGAACGGCAACAACAGCAGCCACUGAACCUGCAGGGGUACAUGCAUUCAGACGCUAACGGUAACCUCCAGUGUGGUAUGUCCUACGCCCCACGGCCCCCCAGUAUCUCAGAGAACCCUGUCAUGGAGACUCUGGCCAACAGUGGUGAGGUGGAGGACAUGAUGAUGCUUCCUGAUGAUGUCGUGCAGUACAUUACCUCUCAGACGGACCCCAGCCCAGGAAACACCCCAACGACAACAACAACAACAAACGGGUUCUCCAAUCAGAAUCAGCCAGCCGACUUCCUGCUCCCCGUAAAGCAGCAGCCUCAACCGCCUCAGCCGUGUUUCUACCAGAGGAGACCGGGAAUGAUGGUGGACGCCAACAUGAACACGAACACGAGCACAAGCACGAACAUGAACCCUGGCAGACAGGGCCUGCACUGUCAUAUGAGCCCUCGCGCCAACCAGGGGCACAGUCAGGGGCAUGGGCUCGGACACGGACACCUGAACCAUUCGCCCGUCUCGGGCAGGACCAGCCUGCCGGUUCAGUGGAACGAAGUCAGCUCUGGAUCGGGCCCAGGCUGUGGGUCGGUACCGGGGUUGGACGCCUCUCCCAGCCAAGGCAAGCAGGGCUUUGCCAGGGAGAUCAAGAAGGAAUGGGAGGAGGAAGCGGAGGGGGAGGAGAGCCUCGGUACCGUCCAGCAAAAACACCACCACCACACAGGUCUCGGCGUCUGCCAGAACAACCUGAGUCCAAACCAGCAGGUCCGACCGAUGAGCCAAAACAUGGCUGCUCAAUUCAAUGCCAAUGCCAACAGCCUCCACCACCACCACCUCCAGCAGAAUCAACAACACCCAAACCACCAACCCCACCAGUACCACCAGGGCCUCAAUGCUGAGUUAACGUCCCAGCGAGUAAAUGGCAUCCAAAGACAGCAGCAGGCAUCCACAGUCAACCACAACGAGCAGGUCAGGCUUCUACAGCAAGGCUACAACCAGGGCCUGGUCUCAGCAGACGUGAACGGCAAUGCCUCACACAGCACGACAGGCCUGAUGAUGGGCGGAAAGAGGCUAACUCAACAACAACAACAACACCAGUCUGCAGACGUGCAGAACAUCAGGCUGAGGCAGGCUCAGAUCCAGCUUGGUCAUAGUGCCUCCACUUUCGAAAUGACAGGUCAGGAAACGUACUCCCAGACACAAGCGAAUGCCAACCAAAAGAGUUACGGCGCAUCACAGCCAACCCAGCUUCCUCUGCUCCUGCAGCAACAACAACAAAAUGGAAAUCAGACGAUGGGGAUGCAGCCAAGGCCGCCGGCAGAACCGAAAACAUGCAGCCAGCAGCAGCGACUUCUGGGUCCAACUACCAACAACAACAUGCAACAGUCUGGAUUCUCAACGUCAACCUUCAGCCCCAACUAUGGGACCUCAGAAGCCAGCCCAAAAAAGCUCCAGCCUGGCCUGAUAAAGGAAGAGACAGGGGUUGCUGAUAACGACAACGCCAUAUUCUACACAGGCCAGAUCCACAUGUUCCAGUCCGACAACCUCAACCUGCAGAUGGCCUCUUGCGUCGUCACCGAUCCCUCAGAACACGACUCGUUGGUCGCCAUGGCAUCUCCGGGAACCAAUCAGGUGUCCAGCACAACGGUGGUGGAGUCGUCGUCGGUGAGCCUUGUCGACACCAUUGAGCAACAACAGCAGCCGCCACCGGCGCAGAUCGACUUCGAUGCCAUGUUGGACGACUGCGACCAGUCUAGCCUCAUGUCAGGCACGCUCAGCCCCGGGCUCCUCCGGAGCCUAUCCCAGAAUUCCUCUCGCCUCACUACGCCGCGGAACUCCGUGACGCUGCCCUCCGUUCCACUGCCCUCCGUGCCGGCAGGGCUGGGCAACAUGGCGAUCGGAGACAUGACCUCCAUGCUGUCGGCUCUGGCCGAGGAGAGCAAGUUCCUCAACAUGAUGUCUUAGAGGCUACUGCUGAAUCGGACACACACACUGGCUCACAGCAGAGUACACACACACAUACUAUACACACACACGUUACACACACAGUAUAGGCCUACACUCACGCACACAGACACACACACACAAACUACAUGGUAGAAGAUGGUACAGCAAGGAGCGUGUGGCCGCAAAAGACUUUGAACUUUGACCCCCGUGCACUGACAAGUCAUGUGACCUCGCUGAACUAUCAGGACCACGUUCCACCUGAUCACGUUCCACCGUGACCUGACAAGUGUUCCAUGGUGCAUUCUAUGGAUGUUCUAUGGAACCUUGUCAACGACAGAACAUUGGCGAAAAGGUCUUUCUCACUUCCCACACUGUCCACAUGUUUACCUGACUUAUGACUUUCAACUUUCAAAGAAACUAAGAAAUCCUGAUACAGACUUUCACAAUUACGAAUUCAUCAGCUUAACUACAGCAAGAAACGAAAACACGUGUUGAGAGAGUCUUUCAAAUGUGUCUCUCUUAAGUGCAGCAUCGUAUCAUGUGAUUAGCAUUUUUUUAACUGUACUUUAUCUAACAGGUAAAUAUGUGGACUGGGUAGACAUGAGAAUAUCUGUAACAGAUACUCUUCCCAGAGCCGACACUGAACAGUGAAAGAUGCUGAAUCAAAUGAGACGACAAGCCCAUGCCAUCUUAAUCUCGUUUUGUAUUCUGGAACAAAAAGAAAACAUAUAUUGAUCUGUAUAGUAUUGUUUAGAACUUUGAGAUAGUAGUCUUUUUCCCACUGAAAGCCAUAUUUUGCCUUAGCUGUGUACAAAAAAAGAAUAUAUAUGAGCAGGGUGUAUAUGCGUAGAGGUGUAGAUGAAGAGACACCCUGAAAAGUCCAAAUGCUGUGGGACAACUGCAGUGGACGAGACG